AUGGAGGCCAAGCGAGUAAGGAGGGAUGUUAAAGCUUUGUUGGGUGAAUAUAUUGGACAAAGACUCAGAGAAAAUGGUUUUGAUCCAAAGGGGAAAGGCACUUCUACAAUGUUAGAUGAUCUGGCCCACUAUGACUUGGCUAUAAGUGUGGCUUUGUGGUGGCUCAAUAAAGAUGAUGGGAAGAAUGACGUCAUAGGAAUUGGUAGUCCAGGACAUAGCCACCAGUACCCUAAUCGCCUGGAAAGAGAGGCAAUGAUCCUUUCUUCCUUUGCAGGAAUGCUUCUGAAUACAUUACCAAUAGAAGGCAUUCUGUCUAUGUAUAAUUGCAAGCCAUCUGCAUCUUACCCUCAUAAUCGCACUAAGGGUAAUAUUGUUCACCCAUUCUCCCUCUCCUAUCAUCCAUUUGCCAUGCUUAGUUCAUUCAAAGCAGUAGACCAUUCAAGACAACACACACAGGUGCUAAAACGCUGGAUCAAGGAACACAGUAAACGUGAUGCCACUGCAAGAACAGAGACACUGGAGUCCCCCUCCUCGUCGUCCUCUUCUAGCUCCUCAUUUAAUGACAGUGAGGACUCCUUUAAAGAUGAAACAACACACUAUGAGGGCUCUCAAGAAUCUCUGCAGGAGUAA